CUCCGCGGCGCGCGCGGAUGCCGUUACCCGCCCGCUCCUCCUCCGCCCGCCCCGGCCGCCCUCCCGCCGCCGCCGCCGCCGCUGCCGCCCGCCCCGCUCUGCUCUCCCAUGGCGCUGAAGCGGAUACAGAAAGAACUAAGUGAUCUGCAGCGAGACCCACCGGCCCACUGUUCUGCUGGACCUGUUGGAGAUGACUUGUUUCAUUGGCAAGCAACAAUUAUGGGACCUCCUGAUAGUGCAUAUCAAGGGGGAGUAUUUUUUCUCACAGUACACUUUCCAACAGACUAUCCUUUCAAACCACCAAAGAUUGCUUUUACAACAAAAAUAUACCACCCAAACAUAAACAGUAAUGGAAGUAUUUGUCUUGAUAUUCUGAGAUCACAAUGGUCACCAGCUCUGACUGUAUCUAAAGCUGACUGUGCAUGCAGAACUGAGGAGAAACUGGUGAGCAGAGCUUCAAAAUCAAAUUAAUUUGGAUGUAAAUGGAAAACCCUGAUACUGACAUGUGUGGGCUUACCUGAUUGCUUAUUGAUGGCUCUUUGGGUUGCCUGAGCAUCCUUGUGUGGGCUAAGGUCUUAAUUGCACUUUAUUUUAAAAUGAGAUAAAUUGUUCUAGUUUGCAUUCCUCUGCAAGAUGAGUAUUUUAAAAUGUAGCUGCUUUCAAAAUCAUCAGUAAAAGAUUUAUUAACAUAUUCUAGUCCUGUAGUUAAACUUUCUCACAUUGAACAGUGUAGAUUUUUUUGAACAUUAAAGUUCCAAUUAAGCAGUUCUUUUGUUGUAGGCAUUUUGUGUCGCUUCAAAGGCUGCUUAAAAUGUGAGUGCUAUCAUUGUUUUUUCUCACCCAUCUUCAAAAUGCUUAGGCACACUCUUAGUCAUAUUACAGAAGGUUCUCCUGUGACUCAAGAUUAAACAGUAUCACAUCUUGCUUAUGUGCUUGAGAGCUCUCUAAACCACAUCUUUUUCCAGAAGUGUCAAUGCAUUUGGUGUACAAGCAAGCUAAAAAUUGUUAGUCUUUGUCCAAUGGAAAUUGCUCUGUGCAAGUGCAAUUGCUAUACCUCCUUGGAAAAGCAACUUCUGCUCAUGCACGAUGACCCCAUGCAGUAAUCUCACAAGCUAAAUAAAAUCUAAGUUUAAUACUGUUUCCUGAAGUAGUUGCUGAAGACAUGAAUUACUCUUGUGUGUAGUUGCUAUCAACUUUCCACAGAAAUUGGUUGUUUUAUUGCUGAGCAACAAUUGUCUUGUUUCUAGUUAUUUAGAAGGUAUUUAGCAAGUGAAAGUUGGCACUUACAUCAUGUUUAACAGCUGGCAUUUACAACUGAAAACUCUUAAGUUUUUAGAUCUUCAGCACUUCUCUGUGCCUUUACUUGUUGAGCGUUCCUUCAGUUAUAAAGCGGAGCAGUCUGCUGGUCUUAUGUGUUCUGAUUUGAUGUGCUUUUAAAGUGCUUGCACAUUGUAUAUUUCAUAUAACUGGAAAUUAGCUCAGUGGCUGAUGGAAGUUUCUCCUUUGUAGUUCUUGUUUUACUGAAUCAAAGGAUUACAACAUACUGAUAGCAACUCUGAUUGGUGUGACCGAGUAUUCUAACCCCUUUUUUUCAGUAUUACUGGCGUAUUUGGUACUUAAUAAAAUGAAAUAUGUCAGUAUGAAGUGGUCGAACUUGCUACAGCUGAAGUAGGUGUUAGUCCGGGCUCUUUGGUAACAAGACAAAGUAAGGAGAAAAAUCCUAUUCUACAGCAGAGUCUUAUGAUAGCAUCAAAUUCCCUUUCACAACACAUUUAGAAUUAUUUAACUGUGUACUCUUGCAUUCAUAUUAGUUCUGAGUAUAAAAAUAGAAAUUUCCUGAAAGGUAUGGACUGAAAAUGUUAGAAAAAAUCAAACAGCCUUGGUUCAAUCCCAGGAAAUGAAUAUGGAAUUAUAAGUGAAUACCUGCAUAUAAUGCUGAUGAAGUAUUUUCCCAAAAUGGAAGUCACACUUAAAUUAAGUGAAAUGUUCAUAUGAAGGAGAGAAUAACUGUCAGCACAGAAGUGGAGAAGAAUAACUGUAGAUGGAAGGGCUUAGUUUGAUCAAACAUUUAUAUGUAACUAUGUAGUCUGCGGUUUUUUUAACAUUCAUAGGUUAAAACAUGGGAGGGAGAUCAUUACAAAUGGUACAGGUCCAUGGGUUGCAAGUUCUCUAGGCUAGUGUCAGGUGUUGUUUACUUAGGACCUAGAAAAAUGCUGCUGUAUAAGCAUUUCUGAGCAGAACUGCUAUGUGAAAGCUUAAUACUAAUAUGCAUUCUCUUCCCAAUCUCCCUUCUACCACCCUCCUUCAGUGUACUGGAAUAUAUUAAAGGAUUAUAGAAAUAAAGCAAACUAACUUGUUUAA